UGGUUGCGGGAGGCAAAGAAUUGCCCGCUUUCCCACGCGAAAACCGCCCCAGAAGUUACCAACCUCCUGGUCGCAUUCCCGGUCCCUUCUGAACCGUCUGAAAGUCUAUCAGUCACUAACGACCCCCAUAGUUUGGUCAAGAAGCUUACAAGCUGCCGCGGGAGCUUAUUAAAUACUAUACCUCCCAGAUCUCUCCUACAAGUUUGUCCGCUCAAAUCUUGCAUAACUAAUUGUGUCUACAAGUAACAGCUUCAAUUUACGUUUUCCCUUACAAACGGAGGAAAAACCGGAAACCUUUCUCUUGCUAUGCCUCGUCGAUCGUCUCGGGCCGUUCCCGCGUCGGCGGCAGCACCAGCGCCAGUACCAAAAAGGCGCGCGUCUGACAGACUCCCCACUGCCUCCAAGACAGGACCUAAAAGACAAAAGUCCGACAUCACCACUACUACCACUGGAAGGCCCAUCAGAUCCACCUCGAAGAAAAGCAGAUACUUCCAAGAAGAGCGUUCAGAUGAUUCAGAAACUGACUUCGACAAUGGCUCCUCGCCGGAGGAUUCCCCCUCCAACUACGACGACUCCGCAUCGGAGGAUGCGGAGUCAGUCGCAUUUCCCACAGCUAGUGAGGCGACAAAAAAUCCAAGAAGAAAACCCGGGAGACCACGAAAGAGCCUAGAAAGCAACAAGGGAGGUACAGAAGGCUCCAGAAAGAAAUCCGGCAGUAUUGCAGAAGAUGAUAUGAACGAAGCAUUGAGAGAUAAGCAGUUGUGGAAGGAAGGUGUCAGAACCGGCCUUGGACCUGGAAAAGAGGUCUUCAUCAAGAAACCCAAAGCAAGGGAUGCAGGUAUUGUGCCCUACCAAGAGCAUACCUUGCAUCCCAACACCUUCCUCUUUCUUGUGGACUUGGCGGAGAACAAUGAAAGAGCUUGGCUCAAAGCGCACGAUGCGGACUACCGUGCCUCUAAAAAAGAUUGGGAGAGCUUUGUUGAAAGCCUCACCGAGAAGAUUUCAGAGAUGGAUAGCACAAUUCCUGAGUUGCCUGUUAAGGACCUGGUAUUCCGUAUACAUAGGGACAUUCGGUUCAGCAAAAAUCCUACUCCUUAUAAAACACACUUCUCAGCUGCCUGGUCCCGUACAGGCAAAAAGGGCCCUUACGCUGCCUAUUAUGUCCACUGUCAACCUCAGUCCUGUUUUGUCGGUUCAGGUCUCUGGCAUCCAGAGGCGGACAAACUUGCGCUUAUGCGAGAGGAUAUUGACAGGAAUUCGCAUCGCUUGAAGGCAGUCUUAGGAGAGGAAGGAAUGCGCCGCGAAAUUUUUAAUGGGGUACCUGAUGAAGAGAAGGCUGUCGAGGCUUUUGUCAACCAAAAUCAAGAAAGCGCCCUCAAGACCAAACCCAAGGGCUACGGCUUGGACAAUGAAAAUAUUCGACUGCUCCGCUUGCGCAGUUUCACCAUCGGCAGGCCUCUAGCCGAUGAAGAGCUUAUGAGUCCCAACGCACAGGACAAAAUUGCAGCUCUUAUUGGUAUCAUGGAACCUUUCGUUACGUACCUCAACAGCGUCGUCAUGCCUGAUCCAGAGGAUAUGGAUGCCAGUUCCGGGUCGGAAAGUACAGACUAAAUUUGGUAUCUUCUUGGGAUGAAUGAUAGCAUGUUGUCUGUCACAAUGUAGGUGUAUAUUUGAAGACUGUGGGGUAUUUUUCUUAGUUGUUUUCUAUGCCCCUCGCUU